GUUAAAAAUGGGUAAUGAACAAAGCCAAUUAAGGGUAGGAGAGGAAAAUUUAGACCUUCCCGAUGAAAGUUAUGAAUACCAAGUGAAUGAUAAGGUUGAAGCCGUCAGUGAAUAUUACAAGCCAAAGAGAGAUGCUCUGAAGUCGAGCCAAUUUACUUUUCACCCAUGCUCUUCGAGAUUAAUGAAGGAAGAUCUGAUGGAUGAAGCCUCUACAAAACCUCAUUUAAACUUUGACGACCCAGUUCCUAAAAUUUCAGGUGAAAAAGAGAUAGAAUCCCCUCGGAAUAUUGAGAUCAUAGAAGAGGAGGAUUAUUCAGAAAUAGUCGUUGAAGAAAGAGAGACUCUCAUCAGCUCCUCUAGCAUAGCCGCAACUUCGGAAUAUUUACAGCCAGAUGACGGGUUUGAGUCAACACCUGAGAAAUAAACUCUUUGCGAGUCAUUAUCAGAAUACCAUCUAUGAUCAUACUUUAUCGAAUAGAGAGGAAUCCAGUGAACAAUUGGUGUGGAAAAAGGAGGAGAGUUUGACCUUUGAAAACCCCCUUUCUGAGGUAUAUGAUGAUUCUACUCAGAACAGACCUGUUCACAAGGAUAGCUAUAUAGUUUGAUCUUUUGGAAAUAAAGAAAAUAUGAUGGAUAAAGAGAAUAUCAAUGAGAAAGAAUCCCUUAAAUCUGAGCAAACUCUACAUGCAAGUAAUGUUAUGAUGUUCGGUAAUAAGAGCAAAUUAAAAAUCGAAGAAGAUAAUAAAGAUAAAGGAAGAAGCCAUAGAAACUUCUUUGGGACAGACCUUUGGUUCACUUGGCUAGGCAUGAGCCUAGCCCAGCUCUGUGAUCCAAAAGAUCCAAUCGUUAAAGAGGGUAAGCUCUAUAGGUAUAAACCUGGCCUAAAUGAUACAUAUAUUACAAGAUGGUGUCAGAUAACUAAAAAGGUCUUUAGAGUCUACAAGAACCAGAUGUGAGCGAAGGGGUUUGGAGCCAAGCCUAUUCUUGCAAUCCCUCUGUACGCUCUGAAGAAUGUGAAGAAAAGUAAAUUCAAGACUCCCAAGAACAGCAAAAUGAGUUCAGAUUCACAGAAAAUUUGACAGAAUCAGUUCGAGUUAACUUAUAAAGAUGAGAUUUUAACUGAAAUAAUGAUGGAAUUCCUCGAGUCAAAAUGACUGGACGAGGAUGAAGAAUAUGGAAAUACUUCAGAAAGAGUAGCCGAGGAACCAAGUCAUCUACAAGCAAAGCUGGAAAUCCUUAAGUGCACUCUUCUGUCUAAUGAACCAUUCAAGAUAGAUUCUAAGACUCAGACUCUUAAUAACAACUCUUCGUGGAGUAACAGAGAGGGAGAGUGGUUCUUGGCUGAAAAGAGGCUGUUAUUCAGCACUAAAAGUUUGAAAGAGCUCAAUGGAUGGUUGUCAUGCUGGAAGAAGAUCUUUUCUCACAAUAAAUAA